AAAUUUGAAACUUAAUAAUCCAUUUUUAACAACAUUAAAUUAGAACUACUUCUUAAAUUUUCGAAUGAAAUUCAUAAUGAGAAUAAUUUUAAUGAUAAUACAUUUAUUGUAAAUUAAACGUAUACGAUUAUAAAAAUAUUUUCAAUUAAAUAAAUUUUCGAUUGAUUAAAUAGAUAUUAUCUAAUUUUAAAAAAUAUUAUAUAUAAUAAACAACACAUUUGUAAAAAUUGUGUAUUGUAGUGAUUGUUUAGUUUUAUAAUCCAAAUGUCAAAAAACAAGUUAAAUUUGACAUUACCUCCUGGUUCAAUAGAACCAGUUCCAGCUGUAUCACCAUCACCACCAGUACCAUCGUUACCUAUUUAUUCUGAACCACCAGUAAUACCAGAUGGAGUAAUGGGAAAAAUGAGUAUAGAUGCUAUUCAAGAAAGGUUAGAGGAAUUAGAAAUGGAUGAAGAGCAAAGAAAAAGAUUAGAAAGUUUUUUAGGUCAAAAAGAAAAAGUUGGGGAAUUAUGUGAUGAAGAUUUUGAAAAACUUGGUGAACUUGGUGCUGGCAAUGGUGGUGUUGUUAUGAAAGUGAGACAUAAAAAAUAUGGACUAAUAAUGGCAAGAAAGUUAAUACAUUUAGAAGUUAAACCUGCAAUUAAGAAACAAAUAAUCAGAGAAUUAAAAGUACUUCAUGAGUGCAAUUUUGCACAUAUAGUUGGAUUUUAUGGUGCUUUUUAUAGUGAUGGAGAAAUUAGUAUAUGUAUGGAAUAUAUGGAUGGUGGUUCAUUAGAUUUAAUAUUGAAAAAAGCUGGAAGAAUUCCAGAACCUAUACUAAGCACAAUUACAUCAGCAGUUUUGAAAGGUUUAAGCUAUUUGCGAGAUAAACAUGCGAUUAUGCAUCGAGAUGUAAAACCAAGCAAUAUCUUAGUAAAUAGUGCUGGAGAAAUAAAAAUUUGUGAUUUUGGUGUUUCCGGACAAUUAAUCGAUUCUAUGGCUAAUUCAUUUGUCGGAACGAGAAGUUAUAUGUCGCCAGAAAGACUUCAAGGUACACAUUAUUCUGUUCAAAGUGAUAUUUGGUCUCUAGGAUUAUCACUUGUGGAAAUGGCAAUUGGAAUGUAUCCAAUUCCACCUCCAGAUGAAAAAACUUUAGCUGCGAUAUUUAAUACUCCGACAGGUCAACCACCUGCAGAAAGUACAGCUACAAAUAAUGCUUCUACUCCAACGCAAUCUCCAGGACAUAAUACGGGUAGUCCAAGACCGAUGGCUAUAUUCGAAUUGUUGGAUUAUAUCGUGAAUGAACCACCACCAAAAUUGCCUGCUGGUAUCUUUAGCGAUGCUUUUACAGAUUUUGUGGAUCGUUGCUUGAAAAAAAAUCCUGUUGAAAGAGCAAAUUUAAAAACAUUAAUGAAUCAUGAAUGGAUUAAAAAAGCUGAAUCUGAAAAUGUAGAUAUCGCUGGUUGGGUAUGUCGUACAAUGGAUUUACAACCGACUACUCCAACGCGUUUAGCGAAUGUACAAUCCUGAAUAAAUGUCACUCUUACAUACUUGACUACCUAUAUACGCGUUCAGUACUCUUAAGUUAAUUUUCAUUUCUUUUCGUUCUAUUAAUAUAAACAGUGACGUCUAUAAACUUCAUUUUUUCUUUUAUUAAUAUUAUAAAGUUUGUAAAAUGAUCUUUCGCGAUUUUGAAAACAGAUUUAUUUAUAAGAAAAGUUCUGUUAUAUUUUUUUCUUCUCUCUCACCUUCUCACUUCUUACUUUCUUUUUCACUAUAUUUUAAAAUUUGCUCAAUCACUCGUAUAAACAGUUGAACAAAAAGCAUUUUAUUAAUUAGAAUCUAAGAGCAUUAAUAUAGAUUUUUCGAUAUUUUUACUUUUAUUUUAUCGAUCGUUUAUUUUUACUUUUUUUUCUUUUAAAUAUUUACUUAUUUAAAUGCAUAAGAUAUUAAUUAUUAAUGGUAUCAUAAUAUUCUAUAUGAAUAUUGGAUUUUUGUUUAAGAUAUUAAAUUAUUUUUAAAUAUAUAUCAUAAUCUGAUUUUGAAGUCGCGAUAAAAAUUGUGUUUAAUUUCAUGAACAUGAUUGAAUAUAUGAUCACUUUUAAUGUAUAUAUUGUAUCGUAAAAUAUAAAAAUUUACAUUGAUAUAUUUGCAUGUAUAAAUACGUCACUGUGUUUAAUUUUUAUUUCAUUUUAUACAUAUUUCGUAUCUUUGACUUAUUUGUUGAAAGUAUGUAAGAUAAACGAUUAUCCUUAUAAGUUUAACGUUAUUGUACACUUAUGGGCAAGUUGUGUUUCCUAUGAUAAUACAAGGAUACAUAAAUGGGCAUCGGAUUUAUGGAGAUAUAAUUUGAAAAAAAAAUUGUUAACUAGAAAACAUACUACUAGUAUAACAUUUGUACCUGACAUUCGUAGAACAUUAUUCACACAAUUGAAAAAAAAAUUUUUCGUUUUAUCAUUGUGAAAAUACCAUGAUAUUUUUUACAAAAUAUCAGUCCGCGAUAAAGUUAAAUUUAAAAUUAUAAUUAAAUAAAAUAGUAUUUCAGAUAAUUGACAUAAUUUUUGUAUAUGUAUUAUUUUUAAAAAAAUGUAUAUUUCGUAUGAUAAUAAUAAUAAAAAAGUAGUAUUUAGAAUACUAUUGAAUAAAAAUGACAUCAAAAAUAAUAUGUGGCUAUUUUAUUAGUCAUUGUAUAAUAUGAUUAUAAAUAAUAUUUUAUUGUAAUUUAUACAAGGAUUAUGAAGUAUUAUUUUAUUAAAAAUCAAGUAAUGUGAAAUUUUCGAAUUAUAUAAAAAUAUUUAUGCUAAUCAAAUAUUUUUCUAAAUAUUUUAUUUUAUUUUAUUUUAAUAUUAUAUUUUAAACUAUUAUAUUUUUAAAAAUAAAUUUUUUUAUUAUAUUAUACAUCGCGGUCUGAAAUGUUACACUUCAUAAUAAUUAAUAACAUAACUUUGAUGCGUGUCCAUGUGUUCAUAUAAUAAUGAAUCUAUACAAUGGAAUGUACUGUAUAGUUGUGAAUCAAAUCUUUCUUGUGCAAUUUUUGCGAACUAUGUUUAAAAAUUUAGCCAUUCAUUUGGCUACCUUUAUAUUUACACAUAUUUCAACCAUUAAGUGUAAUAAUUAAUAGAUGUUAAUAAUUUUUAUUCUAUUCAUGAUUAAGGGAAACAGUUUAAAAAGAUUUAAAUUUUUUGAAACUUUAUUCAAAGAAAGCGUUCAAUCAAAAUAAUACAAAUGUAGGAAUCAAUAAUUUUUUGUUAUUAUAGUUUAUAAUUGUUUCUCUUAAUCAAAUAAUAUUUGGUCCAUGAUGAUAGACAGAUGUUUAAUAUUGUACAAUCCAAUAGACAUAGCUGCUUACCAUUGUAAUGUGCUGAUAAAAAUGUUUAUAUGUACAUAGUAUAAUGAUAGUAUAAGUAUUCUUAUUCUAUUGUUCAAAAAGUUAUAUGUUUCAAUUUUUUCUUUAUCGAAAGUAUCGCAAUGAAAUUAUUAACUGAAAAUGAGAAAAGUGCGUAAUAUAUAUAUAGAAAUUAUAUAAUAUCUUUCUUCUAGUUAUUCAUGUUUGCUUAGUCAUUACUUUUUUUAUAUAUGCGAUUGCAAGUGUAGAUGUUAGCCUUUUUUCCGAUUUGGCUUAAAAAAAUAUCGGAGUGUACUAUGAGCGUAUUGUGAUGUUUGCAAGCAUAGUGGAAAUAUCCACUUAUGUGUUUAAGCGUAAGACGCCCAAGAACUGAUCUUUCGUAUUAUGUUUAUAUAUCUUAUAAUAUGCGUAAUGCUAUUUACUAUAACAUGAUCUUCAUAAUACAUUAUAAACAGAAAAAAAAUUUUUUUCAAUAAGUCCUGUUAAAAAAUUAUGUAAAAUGUAUCAUACAGUUAAAAAAUUUUAUUCACUGAACAGUGAAUUUUAACUGUCAAGGAAAUAAUUACUUCUGGAACUUAUUAAAAAUAUAUGGAUAUUCCUUGUUACAAAUUUGUGGAUAAUAAUUGCCACUGUAUCGAUUCACUGUCUAAAUGUUGUAAUUAUUCAAAAAAUAAAUUUAUCUUACAUUCAAAAA